AUGGAAAUAUGGACCAAUGGGAUGAUGGAGGAGACUUCAGUUGUGCAUAAUUUGUAUGUUUGGAUGAGGAAUGCUUGGAUUAGGAGGUUUUUCAAUGCAGACCCGUCUUACUUUCCAAAGGGCCCUUCUGGGUCUCUGGUUGUGCUUGUUUGCUGUAAGCUUCUGCUACAGCAAUGCAGAGACUAUUCAGAGCUGCAAACAGAGGCUGCAGAGCUCAAUGAAGAAGGGAAGUUUGUCUUUAAGAAACACCCUCUACCUAAGAUUCCCAUUGUAAAGAAGCCAUUUCCACCAAAGCCCUUCUUCAAGAAGCCACUUCCACCACCAGUUCCAAUCUUCAAGAAGCCACUCCCUCCACCCUUCAAGAAGCCAAUCCCUCCUCCAGUUCCAAUCUUCAAGAAGCCACUCCCUCCACCUGUUCCAGUCUUCAAGAUUCCACCCUUCAAGAAGCCGGGUCAUCCACCGGUACCAGUUGUGGAAGACAAAAAUUUUUGUAUAGAAGCCAUUUUUCAUCCCCUUCCAAAAUUCAAGAAGCCAUCUCUACCUCCUGUUCCAAUCUAUAAGAAGCCACUUCCCGUAUACAAGAAACCAUUUCCCCAUCCUAUUUUCAAGAAGCCACUUCCUCCACCCAUUCCAACAACAUUUCCUCCACAUCCUUUCCUUGGGAAGUCACUCCCUCCUCUGGUUCCCUAA